AUGGGUGUGGAUAUUAUGAGCGAAGUCCUUCAAGAAUGCCAGAUCUCCGAAUCUGACGACCCUAAGAAAGCUGCUCAAGACGUAAAAAACGAGGCAAACAAAUAUUUCAAAGGCAAGUUUCCGGUUUACACUGACUCUUCGGAAUUUUAGAACAGAAAUAUGACAAGGCUGUCGAAUUGUACUCAAGGGCCAUUGAGUUGGACCCCACCGAUCCUAUCUUUUACAGCAAUCGGAGUUUUGCGUACAUCAAGAAAGAGCUGUUUGGAUUAGCAUUAGCCGAUGCCGAUAAAGCUCUAGAAUUAAAACCAUCGUUUGUGAAGGCCUACUUCAGACGAGCUUCCGCCAAUCUGGCAUUGGGAAAGUACAAGAAAGCUCUGACCGAUUAUGAUACCGUUCGAAAGGCAUGCCCCAAUGAUAAGGAUGUUCAGAAGAAGUAUGAAGAGGUCAAUAAGAUUGUAAAACGCAUUGCUUUUGAAAAGGCUAUUGCGGUGGAUGAACCCAAAAGCAUUGCUGAGUCCAUUCAUCUUGAGGCCUAUCGUGAGUUCUUCAAUGUUUAAUACUGAUUCUUUUAGCUGUCGAAGCAAGCUAUACUGGGCCUCGACUGGAUGGGGAUGUAACAAAGGAAUUUAUGGAUGAGCUUGUCGAAACCUUCAAGAAACAAGGAAAACUUCACAUAAAAUACGCGUAUAAAGUAAGUUUUUAUUAUCAUUGUUAUUUUUUUUAUAGAUUUUGCUUAAAAUAAGGGAACUCUUUGGGAAGUACACUACGCUACGUGAGAUCACCGUUCCACCAAAGCAAAAGUUUACAAUUUGUGGCGACGUUCACGGCCAAUUUUAUGAUCUCUGCAAUAUAUUUGAACUAAACGGUAAACCAUCCGAGACAAAUCCUUAUGUAAGUUUUAUCAGCAAGACAUGAUUAGAAAUUAUUUUUUGUGAAUGAAAAUUAAUCUCUGCAGCUUUUCAAUGGCGAUUUUGUGGAUCGAGGUUCAUUUUCUGCUGAAACAAUCUUCACUUUGUUUGGUUAUAAACUUUUGUAUCCAGAGCAUUUCCAUUUAUCCCGGGGAAAUCACGAAAGUGAUGUCAUGAACAAGAUGUAUGGAUUUGAAGGAGAAAUCAAGGCCAAAUUCAACAUGAGGAUGGCUGAGUUCUUUUCCGAAAUUUUCAAUUAUCUACCAUUGUGCCAUGUUAUCAACAAGAAGAUCUUUGUAUGUUUAAACGUGAUAUGUCUACCUGGAAACUUUGCAUUGAGUAAUAUAUCUGGUUUGUCUUUCAGGUUUGUCACGGAGGUUUAUUCUCGAAAGAUGGUGUCACUCUCGACCAAAUCCAGAAAGUCAGCCGAGUCCGUCAGCCUCCAGAUGAGGGAAUAAUGACAGAUUUAUUGUGGGCGGAUCCCCAGCCAAUCCCGGGAAGAUUCCCAUCAAAACGUGGAGUCGGCCUUCAAUUUGGUCCCGAUGUCACUCAGAAGUUCUUGCAAGACAACGACUUGUUAUACGUUGUGCGGUAAGAUUUGUUACGUAAUUCACUUCAAAUUGUGUUGCUUUUGUAGAUCUCACGAAGUCAAACCCGAAGGUUAUGAAAAACAUCAUGAUGGCAAGUGCUACACGAUAUUCAGUGCCCCCAAUGUAAGUCUUAACAAUGCAUUAAUAACAGUGUUCCUUUGAUCAGACGCUAUUGUUUUUUAAUUGCAGUACUGUGAUUCCAUGGGUAACCUUGGCGCCUUUAUUACUAUAACAGGUGACAACUUGGAGCCCCAUUUUACUACGUUCGAAGCCGUCCCUCAUCCAAACAUCAAGUCGAUGUAUUAUGCCAACUCUAUGUUUGACUUCGCGUAG